AUACUUUAUUUUAGUAUUAUAGGGAAUUUGUUUUGGUAUCUGGUCACAUUGACAAAAACAAAGAACAACAGAGCAAAUUCGGAAGAUAUUUAAACUAAAUUGUUGAAAAAAUCCAAGAUGGGAAGGAAAAAUAAGUUUAAGCAAGAGGAAGAGAAGCCUUCAUCUUCUGCACCGCAACAACAACAGCAACCACAAGCAGGUGCAGCAGGCCAACAGGCGGGAAGACAACAGCCAUCCACCAGCUCUGGGGCAUCUGGCUCUGGUGGCCAACAAGGCGGAGGAGGAUGGCAGAAGCAGGGCGGUUCACAGCAGAAGGCCCAAGGCAGCCAAGGAUGGGGUGGCCAGCAGCAACGUCCACAAGGACAAGGUGGUCAACAGGGACAGCAGGGAGGCUACCAGCAACGUCCUCAAGGACAACAAGGUGGUCCACAGGGACAGCAAGGAGGCUACCAGCAACGUCCACAGGGACAACAACGUGGUCCACCGGGACAGCAAGGUGGUUACCAGCAAAGUCCACAAGGACAGCAAGGACAAGGAGGUUCUCAAGGACAGCAAGGAGGAUACCAGCAACGUCCACAAGGACAGCAAGGUGGCUACCAGCAACGUCAACAAGGACAACAAGGUGGUCCACCGGGACAGCAAGGUGGUUACCAGCAACGUCCACAAGGACAGCAAGGAGGCUACCAGCAACGUCCACAAGGACAGCAAGGUGGCUACCAGCAACGUCAACAAGGACAACAAGGGGGUCCACCGGGACAGCAAGGUGGUUACCAGCAACGUCCACAAGGACAGCAAGGAGGCUACCAGCAACGUCCACAAGGACAGCAAGGUGGCUACCAGCAACGUCAACAAGGACAACAAGGUGGUCCUCCGGGGCAGCAAGGUGGCUACCAACAACGUCCCCAACAACAAACAUUUGCUCCAUUGCCGGCACAGCCAGCGGGCAGCAUCAAGAGGGGAACCAUCGGCAGACCCGGCCAGGUGGCCGUGAACUAUCUGGACAUAGACAUGAGCAAAAUGCGAGAUAAGGCCUAUCACUAUGAUGUCAAGAUCAUGCCCGAGCGGCCCAAAAAGUUUUACAGGCAGGCAUUCGAACAGUUUUGCGCGAAUCAAUUGGGCGGUGCAGUUGCCGCCUAUGAUGGCAGGGCAUCCUGCUACUCGGUCGACAAGCUGCCAUUAAAAACGCAGAACUCGGAAGUGACUGUUACCGAUCGUAACGGGCGCACUCUGCGUUACACGGUGGAGAUCAAGGAGACUGCCGACUCGGAAAUCGAUAUGAAAUCGCUGACGAACUAUAUGACCAGUAGGAUUUUUGACAAGCCCAUGCGGGCCAUUCAGUGCAUGGAAGUGGUGAUGGCCGCUCCCUGCCACAACAAGGCCAUUCGAUCGGGUCGUUCGUUCUUUAAGAUGUCCGAGCCUGGUCAGCGUUUUGAUCUGGGCGAUGGCUACGAGGCCCUGGUCGGCUUGUAUCAGGCCUUCAUGCUUGGCGACCGACCGUUCAUGAAUGUCGACAUAUCGCACAAAUCCUUUCCAAUUUCCAUGCCGGUGAUGGAAUACCUGGAAGUGUAUGGCUUGCGAUCAAAAAUUAACAACAAUACCAAUCUGGAUCAGUCUAGGCGCUUUAUUGAGCCGUUCCUUAGGGGUAUCAAUGUGGUUUACACACCGCCCAAGUCAUUCGCCUCUGCUCCGAGGGUCUUCAAAGUUAAUGGCUUGUCUCGCAACCCAGCCAGCACCCAGACCUUCGAGCACGAGGGCCACAGUAUAACAAUUGAGAACUAUUUCAAGGCUCGCAAUUACAAGUUGCAGUUUCCCAAUCUUCACUGCCUGUCCGUUGGUCCUCCUGCUAAGGAUAUAAUGGUGCCCGUCGAGCUAUGCGCCAUUGAGCCGGGUCAGGCCCUUAAUCGCAAAGAUGAUGCCACUCAGGUGGCCGCUAUGAUCAAGUUUGCAGCCACAUCAACGAACGAGCGGAAAAGGAAGAUAAUGAACUUGCUGAACUUCUUCCAGCACAACCUGGAUCCAACCAUCAGUCGCUUUGGCAUCCGCAUCGCCGGCGACUUCAUUGUGGUACACACUCGUACCCUAAAUCCACCACAGUUGGAAUACCAAGGCAAAAGGUUCUCGUCGGUUAGAAAUGGUUCGUGGCGCAUGGAUAACCUGAGCUUCCUAGAGCCUAAGCCCAAGGCCCACACGUGGGCUAUUGUGUACUGCGAAGCGCCGCAAGGCAAGAUGCAUUACAAUCAGGUUAGCGACUUUGAGCGCCAAAUGUUCAGUCAGAGCAAGAUUCUGAACGUGAGUCUGGCACCCAAGGCAGAGAUAAGGACGUUCAGGGACGAAUUCCACCUGGACGAAUGUUUUGCUGAUCUUAAGCGCAACCAGUUCGAUUUGGCAUUUGUUAUUUUACCUAAGUUUGUAAACAGAGGUUCGGGCGCCUCAUACGAUGUCGUUAAGCAAAAGGCUGAGCUCCAGCACGGCAUUCUUACACAGUGCAUUAAGCAGUUCACCGUGGAGCGGAAGCUGAAUCCGCAGACCAUUGGAAACAUACUGCUCAAGGUCAACUCCAAGUUAAAUGGCAUUAAUCACAAGCUCAAGGAGGAUGCGGGUCUGAAAAUGAUUGAGAACGUGAUGUAUUUGGGCGCCGAUGUGACCCAUCCGUCGCCUGACCAACGUGAAAUUCCAAGUGUGGUUGGCGUGGCAGCUUCCCAUGACCCCUAUGGCGCCUCCUACAACAUGCAGUAUCGCCUGCAGCGAUCCGCUCUGGAGGAGAUCGAGGACAUGCUGUCGAUAACAUCGGAGCACUUGCGUGUUUAUCACCAGUAUCGCAAGAGAUAUCCGGAGCACAUUCUAUACUAUCGAGAUGGCGUGAGCGAUGGCCAGUUCCCAAAGAUCAAGAACGAGGAGCUGCGGGGCAUUAAUGCAGCCUGUGCCAAGGUGGGCAUCAAGCCCAAGAUCUGCUGUGUGAUCGUUGUGAAGCGUCACCACACUCGUUUCUUCCCGAACGGCGAGCCUUCGCAGUUCAACAAGUUUAACAAUGUGGAUCCUGGAACCGUGGUCGAUCGCACCAUCGUGCAUCCCAACGAAAUGCAGUUCUUCAUGGUCAGCCACCAGUCCAUUCAGGGCACGGCCAAGCCGACUCGCUACAAUGUGAUCGAGAACACUGGCAAUUUGGACAUCGACUUGCUGCAGCAGCUAACGUACAACCUCUGCCACAUGUUUCCGCGCUGCAAUCGCUCGGUUUCGUAUCCGGCUCCGGCGUACUUGGCUCAUUUGGUGGCAGCACGCGGCCGCGUUUAUCUCACGGGCUCCAAUAGGUUCAUGGAUCUGAAGAAGGAGUACGAGAAGCGCAAGAUUGUGCCCGAAUUUAUGAAAACAAACCCCAUGUACUUUGUCUAAGAGGAAUACUCUCUAAAACAUUAUUUUUUUCGCUUUUAUAUUAUCACAUUUGUUAAACCAUAUACAUAUGUAUACCAGAUGAGAGAGACACCGUCUGUCGAUUGCAAAAAAGCUUGUAUUUCAAGAGAUGUGGCGCAUUCCCCGCCAAUUAAUUAAUACUUUUUACAAUCUGUUUUGGGCAAUUCAAGGCGUCAAUGAGAUGAGAAAGCUUAUAGUGUAAUCAACAGGCGGGAGUCCUCAUUUUGGCAUAUUAAUUAACGUUAAAUAAAUAUCAAAUAUUAAACUUGGGGAAAAGAAAAA